AUGGUCAUAAGUUCUCGUUAUUUCUCUGUUGAAGUAGAGCCAACAAAAAGCAGGGGCUCAAAACAGCCCUCGCGGUUUUCGGUGACGCUUCUCCCUGUAAGCUUGAUAGCACACAUGAGCCUGCAACAACAAUAUUCUGAAGCCUGCAAAGAAGUGAAACAACCUGUGAACCCAUUCAUAAAGCAUGUUCUCCAAGAAGCGAGCCUGCGUGGCGAUGUGUUGACCGAAAGGAUGACAAUUAAAAUAGCUGGGAACAACCGCUUGGUACCUGUGCAGAGGGUGACAGAUUCCGAUUUUCAAAUCCUUGCUUCUGUCUUAAUGAACAAUGUAUCUGUUACAGGGCUGGACCUGAGAUACAAUCUCUUAACUGAUGCUGGUGCAGUCCACAUUGCUGCCUUCCUUCAGGAUAAUCGGACCCUGCGCUACCUCAAUCUGAUGUUUAAUGACAUUGGUACCCUUGGAGCAGAAUUCAUAGCUAAAGCAAUGCAUAGGAAUGAAACUUUGUGGUACUUAAGAAUGACUGGCAACAAGAUUGAGAAUAAAGGAGCGAUGUAUUUUGCAGCAAUGAUUCAGGUGAACAACACAAUACAGAAGUUAGAUUUUGGAGACUGUGACCUGGGCACACAGAGCGUGAUAGCAUUAGCAACUGUUUUGAAUCAGAAUGAAUCAGUGAAAGCCUUAAAUCUCAACCGGCCAAUUCUGUACAGUGAAGCAGAAGAAACCACCAUCCACAUAGCUGCCAUGCUGAAAGUCAACAGCACCUUGGUUGAACUGCACUUAUGUAAACAUGAAAUGAAGAAUUUUGGGGUUGAACGUCUGUGUGAUGCCUUGUAUGAAAACACCUCCCUCCGAUAUCUUGAUCUCAGCUGUAACAAAAUUAGCCGAGAUGGUGUCAAGUUUUUAGGACAGCUAUUAAAGCUAAACAGUACACUCGAGAUUCUGGAUCUUAAUUUUAACAGGAUAGAAGACGAUGGUGCUCUCUACCUGAGUGAUGCACUCUCUACGCAUAAUCGGACCCUUCAAGCGCUAGCAGUGACGCGCAACAAUAUAAGUGGAGUAGGAUUGGUGGCACUUUCAGAUGCCAUGAAAACAAACCCUGUCCUUUCAUACAUCUACAUCUGGGGAAACAAAUUUGAUGAAGCUGCUUGCGUGGCAUUUGCAGAAUUACUUCAGAGUGGCCGCUUGAAGCCAACUGGAACGGACGUUGAGCUGUAUGUAGUGGAUGGGCAUACAUACCUUGCUGAAGUCUCCCAUGGCCUUAAGGGUCAUUACUACUGGACGCCAAGUUACGGAAAACCAGAUAACAAAGAUGCCAACGCAUCUUUAGCAAUAAGUCCUGUUACAGAAACUUUAUGAAUAUCAUUCUCUACCCUUUGGGAGUAUUUUCAUUUAUGUGCCUUGUGCUUAAUGCACUUGAGCACUCUUUUAGUUGUUUGUACCAUAAUCACUACAACAAACCAUACUGGGAAGCUGCUUUAUUCCAGUAGUUGGAUCCCAAUCCAGCAAUAGCUAUUUAUAACUUUAAUCUCAUUGAAAGCAUUGAAAAUGAAGUGAGUUUCUUCCAUUUAAUUCCAUAGCUUGUGUGUGUCUGUAUUGUAAUUAUCAUAAAGAUAUUGUUUCAUAUGAUUUGAAAUCUACAAGCGAACAUAACACUAACUACUUUGAAAAUAUUUUUGGCCAUGUUUCCUUGGAUGUAAACCCCACUGAGUCAAUCUGAUAGCUUAUAUGUAAUAUGGAUCCAAUGUAAAAAUCUUUAGGACUGUUUAUGUAAAUUACAUUAAUUUAACAUAUUUUUAAGUUAAGGCAUUUUAUUAAAAGUGAGAGGAGAAGCAACAUGGGAUGUAAUUU